CUAUCGGCUUGCCGCACUAACGUGGGUGAUGAGAAGAGUCCAGAUGAAUCGAUCCAUCUCGCUGCGGCAAUGCAAUUCUCCGGACUUCGCAGUGCGAUUGGUUUCAUGUGGUCUGUCGAGGAUGAAGCUUCGAAGACCUACAGUUGGUUGAGUGCGAUAAUCUUGUGCCUGUCCUUCAAGAGCGUAAAGCAAGGAUUCGACAUAGGUCGAUUGGUGUGGAGUCCGAGGAACCCAGUUGAGUGA